AACAGUCUGACGGACAAAGGGGGAAAAGUCAUGCAGAGUCGCUUCUGCGGGCAACAGAUAUUUCUGGUUGAGUAUGCGAUAUACACUAGUUCGCGAGUUUAUCGAGACUUUUUGUUUUCGAUUAUUAAAUAAUAUGCCGCCAAAAGCAUAGUUUGUGAACUAACAUUGUAUUCAGUGAAAGUUAGGCGGAACUUUCCGGGAGAAUGCAGGCGAGUGGAAGUUUGUGUCUGUUUUUGGCACUGAUGUUGCCGUGCUGUUUCGUGGCGUCUGGACAGUAUCAAGGAGAUAAUGGGAUAGCCGUCCCCGACCACGGCUUCUGUCAGCCCAUAACCAUCCCCCUGUGCACAGACAUCGCUUAUAACCAAACCAUAAUGCCAAAUCUGGUCGGACACUACAACCAAGAGGAUGCCGGGCUGGAGGUUCACCAGUUUUACCCGCUGGUCAAGGUACAGUGCUCGCCUGAACUUAAAUUCUUCCUGUGCUCCAUGUACGCGCCGGUGUGCACAGUUUUGGAGAAAGCCAUCCCACCAUGUCGCUCCAUCUGCGAAAGGGCAAAGCAUGGCUGCGAGGCCCUAAUGAACAAGUUUGGCUUUCAGUGGCCAGAGAGGCUGAGAUGCGAGCAUUUCCCAGUGCUGGGAGACGGACACAUCUGCGUGGGCCAGAACGAAUCCACGGCCACUGUGGCGCCCGUUCAUAUGCCCGUUCCAGGAACUCCGGGCGUUCAUCUUUACUCUUCACCGGACAAACCGUUCCGCUGCCCGUCAGUGCUCAGAGUGCCAUCAUACCUCGGCUAUAAGUUCCUGGGCGAGCUGGAUUGUGGUGCUCCAUGCGAGUCCUCCAGAACUCACGGGGCCUAUAUGUUCUUCACGGACCAAGAGAUUGAAUUUGCCCGGAUUUGGAUCCUUAUUUGGUCCUCUCUUUGCUGUGCGUCCACUUUUUUCACCGUAACAACUUAUUUAGUGGACAUGCAACGUUUUAAGUACCCAGAGCGUCCUAUUAUCUUUCUGUCUGGCUGCUAUACCAUGGUGUCCAUUGCGUAUAUUGCUGGCUAUUUUCUUGGGGAUAAAGUUAUGUGCAAUGAGAGCUUUUUUCCCGACAGCUAUAAAACCAUAGUUCAAGGUACAAAGAAGGAAGGGUGUACGAUUUUGUUCAUGAUGCUGUAUUUCUUCAGCAUGGCUUCUUCGAUCUGGUGGGUCAUCCUGUCUCUCACCUGGUUCCUGGCAGCAGGUAUGAAAUGGGGCCAUGAGGCUAUUGAAGCCAAUUCACAGUACUUUCACCUGGCUGCCUGGGCCGUUCCGGCCGUAAAAACUAUUAGUAUCCUGGCCAUGGGGCAGAUUGAUGGAGAUUUGUUAAGUGGCGUCUGCUUUGUGGGCCUGAAUAAUCUGGAUCCCUUGAGGGGCUUUGUGUUGGCCCCCCUCUUCAUCUACCUCUUCAUUGGCACCUCGUUCCUGCUCGCCGGUUUCGUGUCGUUGUUCCGCAUCCGCACUAUCAUGAAGCACGACGGCACCAAGACCGAGAAACUGGAGCGCUUGAUGGUCCGCAUAGGCGUCUUCUCAGUUCUCUACACCGUCCCGGCCACCAUCGUCAUUGCCUGCUUUUUUUAUGAGCAGGCCUUCAGGCAGCACUGGGAGAAGAGCUGGAUCAGUACGAACUGUAAAAGCCUUGCCAUCCCCUGUCCCAUGCAGUCCGCUCCUCACAUGACCCCCGACUUCACCGUCUUCAUGAUCAAGUAUCUAAUGACUCUCAUUGUAGGGAUCACUUCGGGAUUCUGGAUCUGGUCGGGAAAGACGCUGCACUCGUGGAGGAAGUUCUACUCACGUUUGACCAGUGGCGGGCAUGGGGAAACCACCGUAUGAAACAGGAGAUUGUGGUCCACGCAAUAACUUGAGUUUUCGCAUAAGAAAAAGAUAAAGUGCCUUAGAAUGUCAGUAUUUUGCAAGCAAUUAUUGCAAGCCUAUUUUCAGACUUUCAGAGACUUUCAAGUGAAAGAGAAAUGGGACAUGAACCACUUUGCUUCCCCAAACAAACACAGACAAUUUGAUACUAAGUGCAGAAAUGUUUUCUCCCCCAUUCUGUUGUACCUCUGUUUUUUCUCAUAAGCUGCUGGCCAUAAAAACUCAACUUGGAAAGUGAGAUACCAGCUGGGAAUUCAACAAACGACAGAGCAAAGAGAGCCGAGGGGGGAGGAGAGUUCAAAAACUUGUCAUCUAAUACGGCAGGCAGUUGUGUCAAAAUGUAAUUAAAACAUUGUACAUAUUUGUAAAAAUCUGUAUUUGAACAUUAUGAUUAUAUAUUUGUAUUUAUGCAAAUCUACGUUUUUGUGUUAUCCAAAGGUUGACAGUCUUUUCUAUUUAGAAUUUGUAUUGUAGCCACUAGUCUCUCUCUCAUAUCUUCAAUACUCAUGUAUGUCUCUCUGUUUUAAAUUAAAUUUGCUGUACAUAAUACUCCUCCUUUUCCCUCUGAAAACUUUUAGUGAAAGAAAAACUCAUUAUGUGUGUUGUAAAUUUAAAGGAAUAGGCCUUAAAAUAAUAGCCCUCAUAUGCUCACCAUCAUGUUGUUCCAAAUCUGUAUGACUUUUUUUCUUCUACUGAACAAGACAAUAUAUUUUGAAAAUGUGUGUUUUGUUGCUGUUUUUUUUUUUUUUUUCUCAAAGGAAGUCAGUUGGGUCUAAUGUUUUGCAUUUACUUUAAUUGUAUGAAGAAAGAAAGACAUGCAGGUUUUGAGUGACCUGAGGGUGAGUAAAUGAUGACAAAAUGUUCAUUUUUGCAUAAACUAUCCCUUUAAGUAUAUAGUUGUAGAAGUCAUUGCUUUAAUUAACUAAUAGUGUUUUUAUCAUGAUAUUCAUAUUUUUCUUCAUAUAUACCAAAUCUUUAGACUCUGUCCAUAACACUAUCCUAAAACCAGAGUUUUGAAUGAUUGUUUGUGAAUCAGAGAGAGUGCUGUAUUUUUUUUUUUAUUGUGGUGUAAGUAGGCAGCCGUUGAGGAGCAAAUGGUUCUCGCAUGGUCCUGAGAGUUGAGGCAUGUGAGAAAAAAUGGAAAGCACAUGAUGAAAUGUGUGUGUGUGUGCAUCACAAACCAGCUUGCUUUACCAAAAUGGUGGAGUGAUGGACUGUGAUCAAUACAAAGCUGCCUUCUACGGUACAGAUUUUUAUUCCAUAACUUUCUGUCUCCAUUUAAGGUUGAUUGAUUUUCAUGUCUACUUUGCUUUAGCCUGUGAGUGUAUGUUUGUGAGCUCAGAUUUCUAAUGCCCCUGAGCAGCCAAUUUCAUGCUCAGUGAGUCAGCCCUUCAUAGAAUGUUGCCUACCCCCUUUAUGCCAAAUCUUACUCGUUUAACACGCACCACUAUAUGUCUACUCCAUGCCCUGGUUUUAUUUUCACAAGUUUGUACAUCAAAUAAAUGUUGUGAGAAUUAACAUUUA